AUGAGAAUUGUCAGGUAUAUUUCGGAGUCUAAAAUGGAUAAGGUAGUCAAAAGGAUCAUGUAUGCAAAGCCAGCUAAUUUCUUGUAUAUUUUAAAGAAAUUCUCAACUUUGCUACACGACGUAAGAGAAAAUGGACCGGAAUCAUCUAAGGAGAUGAUCGUGAGAAAUCAUAAUAUCACGAAUGAAGAUGGAUCCGAUAGAGAAGUUGCUCAAUGGUUGGACAAUAUGAUCAAUAAGGGAAUGAAUAAAAACGGUGAAAUUGCGGCUGUCAAAAGGUUUGUUAGGCAUGUUCAAAUAUCGAAAGAAACUGCUGCAGCCCUGAGUAUAUUCGGUGCAGUGGCUCAUGCUUGUGUAUUAACCGCUGGUGGUAUAUGUGUCGUCUUGAUGAUAGCCAUGGGUAUUGGGAUGACAUUUUGGGUAAUCCAUCUAAUUCGUGAAUUGACUGAUCUUUUUCCUUUUUCUAUUUUUAUCCUGUAUUAUAUAUGCAUCUUAUAG